GUCUUGCUGAAGGCUGCUCAAAAUGUCCCUGGUGAACUUCUGGGCCCUGGGGAAGUGUAGGGGGCAGGUCUGGAGAAGGGGAAGUGGGAAGGGAUGUGAAACUUGGCCACAGCCUGGCGCCACUCCUGCUGGGCAGCCCACAGGAGCCCUGCGCAGAGGACAGGAACAUCCAGUUGAAGUUGACAACGGGAGGCAGGGGCAUCAUGGAGGGGUCCCGGGGCUGGCUGGUGGUCUGUGUGCUGGCCGUGUCGCUGGCCUCUACGGUGACCCAGGAUGUGUGCCGAGCACCAAACGGGAAGGACGGGUUGGCAGGAAGACCCGGCAGACCGGGGCGGCCAGGCCUCAAGGGGGAGCAAGGGGAGCCGGGGGACCCUGGCAUCCGGACAGGCAUCCGAGGCCUUAAAGGAGACCAGGGGGAACCCGGGCCCCCUGGAAACCCCGGCAAGGUGGGCUACCCAGGGCCCAGCGGCCUCCCCGGGAUCCCUGGCCCGCCAGGAAUUAAAGGCAUCAAGGGCAAUCCAGGAAACAUCAAGGACCAGCCGCGGCCGGCCUUCUCGGCCAUUAGGAGGAACCCACCGAUGGGAGGCAACGUGGUCAUCUUCGACACGGUCCUCACCAACCAGGAAGGCCCGUACCAGAACAACUCGGGCCGCUUUGUCUGUGCUGUGCCCGGCUACUAUUACUUCACCUUCCAGGUGGUGUCCAAGUGGGACAUCUGCCUGUCCAUCGUAUCCUCCUCUAGGGGCCAGGUCCGACGCUCCCUGGGCUUCUGUGAUGCCAACAGCAAGGGAAUCUUCCAGGUGGUGUCGGGGGGCACAGUGCUUCAUCUGCAGCAGGGUGACCAGGUCUGGGUCGAAAAAGACCCCAGUAAGGGCCGCAUUUACCAGGGUUCCGAGGCUGACAGCGUCUUCAGCGGCUUCCUCAUCUUCCCAUCUGCCUGAGUCAGGGAAGGACCACCCCCCCGCCGCCACCCUGCCACCGCUCUGGCUUCCAUGCUUUGCUCUGUAAAAUGAGGGUGCUGUUGCUUUAGUUGCUGAAGGGAGGGGGCUGGCUCCAAGAACCCCAGGACUUGCUGCCCCAUGACAUGGGCUCUAAGAAGCUCGUUUCUUAGAACUCUUCCUGGAAUAAACAUCUGUGUCUGUGUCUGCUG